AUGAAUCCGAUGCCCACGCCAACGAUUGCCGCAUGUCGCGUCUCUCUGACUAUCGAACCCCGAGCCGCGCAUACCUUCAUUCAUUACCUCUCCACCGGUCAAUACGAAACGCUUUACAGCGUGUUUCCAGCCAUCAAGAAUGCUGCAGAUGCUACCGAGACCCUGCGCGCCCGUGACAUUGAGGAGCUUACGCGCGCAGCCCACACCUACGCUGCGGCGGUGCUGUACGAAGUCCCUGGCCUACAGGAGCUGGCCAGGGGCUUUCUAGGGUUGUUCACCGAGCGGCUGCCAACUGAGGAUAUCUUGAAAGUGACAAGGGAGAUAUACGACAGUCUCCGUGACAUGGAGCUGGCUCGCACUUGGUUGGAGGCGUUUGUUGGGGGGUGUUUAGAGGUUGCAUUCUCGGAUGGAGAAGUAUCUCUGCGACAGAUUAUAAGGAUAGAGAGAAAGUCAAUCAAGCCCUUUGUGGGCUUGGUGAGCCGGAGGUAUUGGAAAUUCGAGGAAGAGGGAACUGGCCGGGACUCAAUGUUCCGCGCGGAAACCUUUGUACUUCCGGAAGAUGAAGGUGGUGCUCCUAUUGCUGACGGGGAUCGCCGAACGAUCACCGAUGGUCCGAACGAUGUUGAGGCAAGCUUGAGUGCCUUCUAUAUUCCCGGAACAACAUUUUCACCGGGAGAAGUUAUGACAAUGUCGGUUAAAAUUGAUCAACACCUGAAAUACCUCCAGUACUUGGGCAGCCGCUUCGCAGUGAAGCAGGACGGCAAGCUUAUGGCAUUGGGGAUUGUGCGGGUAUGGGGAAGGUGA